CGCUUGUUCUUUUUAGGGACCUUUUUUUGGUGCGGCAGUGUGCACUGAAUUCUGUGCGACGUUAAUUGUCUUCUAAAUUGUAUUGCACGAGCACGAAUAAUAUGAUAGGUCCAAGGGUGAUUUUAUCAGCAUGAAUCGUAUGCAGAAUUGGUAUUUUUGGCUACGUCCUUGGUGUUUCUUGCGUCCUGUAUAACGUUCACACUACUGGAACAAUAGAAGUUGUAUAACGUUCACACUACUGCUGGAACAAUAGAAGUUGUAUAACGUUCACACUACUGCUGGAACAAUAGAAGUUGUAUAACGUUCACACUACUGCUGGAGCAGGGGCAUACCUUUUUCUGUAGUUCUUCUGAGCACAAGGCACUAGAUGAAGACCGCUAUUGGUCUGUGGUAGUAAGUACUAUUAACUGAAAACUCAGAAAAUUUUUUACAACUAGUCAGUGAGGAAGAUAAGAUGUUGCCUUUCUAGAAAUUUUUUUCAUAGCACUGUUCUCUCCGCGUCAAAGCUUUGUUCGCAGGAGGCAAGGACUAAACUUGGAGCUCUUUUUAUGCAUAUCACUCAGGUAUGAUAAGAAAGUUCAAAUUUGUGCUAUAAAUUCAUGAUUCGCCACACCCUCCAGUGCUAUUAAUUAUAGCCUUUGUUUUCUACGUAGACCUUCUUCUCUGUGCUCCACCAUGCCUACCCUUCUUUGCCUUGUGGUUCCAAAAUGUUGCGUUGGGAUCGUUGAGGCUUGAUGACGACCAUGGUUACAAGCAAGCUUCCGUUCUGAUGUAGCGGAGCGGGGCUUUCAUAACGUUUUGUCUUUUUGGGUUGUCCUAGAGAGAAGCAGGCCAAAAUGAACAAAAUUAGUGAUGUCUUCAAUGUCGAACAUGAUCCAUGAUCGAGAUAGUUGUUCUAGAGCUGUAUUGUAAGAAUUUCGUAUUGCAAGAUCAUCAACGUUCGAUAGAUUGUUAAACGCUAACAUUUUGAGAAAGCAGAGUUACCAUUGUGUCCGUAGUAUAAUUACUCCUGGACCUACAUCUCGUGAAUCAUGUUGACGAGUAUGUGGAUUUUAACUUGAUUUGUCCUGGUUAUUCUAGCGAUCACUAAUCAAGUGAUCAUCGGAACCAUUGCUGAACAAAUGAGUGAUGCAGGUCAUGCUACUCCUUGAAAAUUAUAAACUGUUCUUGUACAACCAGUAGGUAUAAUCAUGAAAAUAAUGUACCUCAUUUAUCCUUUUGUAUUUUCAACUUUGUCUGUUCUUGGAAGUCCAGUGCCGUAAGUGAAGAAAUUCUAUUUGAGGUUACCUAGUUGUGCCUCAUGUUCUGCCAAAACCAGAUGAUACAGGGAGACCCGUCAAUAUCAGUAUCAAUACCAGAUGCCUGUUCAAUAAGUCCGUAAAGACGAUGAAAUCCUUGGAAUGGCUCAUGAAGAUAUGAGACUACGAUCCAACCUGAACAAUCACCAGAUGAAGAUUAGUUUUGUGAAAAACAUCAACAAAAAGUCUCCAUUUAAAAGCGUCCUGUCGUGUGCCAUCUUCUAAUGCACAUCAACAUCUUAC